AGAGAGAGAGAGGCGAUGGCCGCCGAUGGAGUGUGCGGGGCAUCGAUGGAUCAGUACCGGGCCGAGUUGGAGCGGCUCACCCAGCAACUGGGCGAGGCGAACCGGGAGAAGGUCCGGGCUGCGGAGUGCGGGCUGGUGGUCCUGGAGGAGAACCAGGCGCUGAAGCAGCGGUACGCGGACCUGGAGCUCGACCAGGACAUCCUCAGGAAGGAGCUGGAGCAGUUACAGGAGGCGUUUGGCCAUGCGUACAGCAACCAGCGUAAGGCGGCAGCUGACGGGGAGAACAACGAGGAGACGCUGCUGCAGGAGUCGGCCUUAAAGGAGGCCUACUACAUGGGGCGCAUCCUGGUGCUGCAGACGGAGGUGACACGGAGCCGCUGCGUGGCGUUCAACGCCCAGGGCGAGAACGAGGGGCUCAACACACUCACGCAGGACCUACGAGAGAGUAAUGAGAUUCUGGAGCUACAGAGGAGCCAGAUGAGGGAAGAGGUGAAGGAGUACAAGUUCAGAGAGACCAGACUGCUUCAGGAUUACACGGAGCUGGAGGAGGAGAACAUCACGCUGCAGAAACUGGUGUCCACGCUCAAGCAGAGCCAGGUGGAGUACGAGGGACUGAAACAUGAAAUCAAGGUACUAGAGGAGGAGACUGUUCUGCUCAACAGCCAGCUGGAGGACGCAUUACGUCUGAAGGACAUUUCUGAGGGUCAGCUGGAGGAGGCCUUGGAUGCCCUCAAGAGUGAGCGCGAGCAGAAGUACAAUCUGAGAAAGGAACUGGCCCACCACAUCAGCCUGGGCGACAGUGUCUACGGCGCAGGGGCCCAUCUGGCGCUCACUGUCACUGGCGUUGAGGGCCUCAAGUUCCCCGAGGACACCAACGGGACCAACGGCAGCACCAUCCCGGCUGCCAACGGCAACAAUGAGGACAGCAACCGCCGCAACGGCCACGUUCACGCAGACAACGGAUUGGCUAAAAUGAACGGGGACUACCGACCGGACCAGAAAGGCGACGGCCUGCACCCCGUGCCCGACCUGUUCAGUGAGCUCAACCUGUCGGAGAUGCAGAAGCUCAAACAGCAGCUGCUGCAGGUGGAGCGCGAGAAGUCGUCGCUGCUCAUGAACCUGACGGAGUCCCAAACCCAGCUGCAGCACACGCAGGGCGCCCUGACGGAGCAGAGCGAGCGGCUCCAUCGCCUCACGGAGCACGUCAGCGGCAUGAAAUGUCUCAGCGGGGUCAAGGAGCUCGAUGACCCUCGGGAGAGCGAGAAACCGGACGGCGGCUCCUUCUCGCCACCAGCCAACGACGGUCCCCGUGACCCCGAUAUCCACGGCUUCGAGAUCCUGGAGUGCAAGUACAAGGUGGCAGUGACGGAGGUGAUCGACCUGAAAGCUGAGCUCAAGGCCCUGAAGGAGAAGUACAACCAGGCCGUGGAGGGGCGGGGCGACGGCCACGGGGACGACGACAGGGUCCCGGCACUCAGCCAACAGGUGACACAUCUGGAGUGUCACUACCGUGAGAGCAGGGAGAGGGUGGCGAGCCUGGAGGCAGAGCUGCGAGCGGCCGCGGGCACGGCCACGGAGAGCCAGGGCCUGCUGAAUGCGGCGCAGGAUGAGCUGGUGACCUUCAGCGAGGAGCUGGCGCAGCUCUACCACCACGUCUGUCUGUGCAACAACGAGACGCCCAACCGCGUCAUGCUGGACUACUACCGCCAGAGCCGCGGCACGCGCAACGGCAGCCUGAAGGUCUCCGACGACCACCGGGCUCUGCUCUCGCCUCGCCUGGCCCGCCGCCUCGCCGCAGCAUCAGCAGCUUGCUCCUCCGAGCACCCGCGCAGUCCCAUGGACUCCCCGUCCAGGGACGCCCCGCCCAGGGACGCCCGUCACAACGAGACGACGCCCGGCACAGUGGACUCCUGUCACAGCGGCCCCGCCCGCAACCCCACGGGCUCCCCGGUCAUCGCCGUCUCUCCGUGCCCGUCUCCGGCGCCCUCGGAGGCCGGUGGGGACCUGCGGAAGGAGCCCAUGAACAUCUACAACCUGAACGCCAUCAUCAGAGACCAGAUCAAACACCUCCAGAGGACAGUGGACCGCUCGCUGCAGCUGUCCAGGCAGAGGGCCGCGGCGAGGGAGCUGGCGCCGAUGCUCGACAAGGACAAGGAGCUGUGCCUGGAGGAGAUCCUCAAGCUCAAGUCCCUGCUCAGUACCAAGAGAGAGCAGAUAACCACGCUCAGGCUCGUGCUGAAGGCCAAUAAACAGACAGCAGAGGGCGCUCUGGCGAAUUUGAAGAGCAAGUACGAGAAUGAGAAAACGAUGGUGACAGAGACCAUGAAGAAGCUGAGGAACGAGCUGAAGGCUCUGAAAGAAGAUGCCGCCACCUUCUCGUCUCUCAGGGCCAUGUUUGCCACAAGAUGUGAUGAGUACGUUAUUCAGCUGGAUGAGAUGCAGAGGCAGCUGGGGGAAGCAGAGCACGAGAAAAAGACUUUGAACUCCCUCCUGCGUAUGGCCAUACAGCAGAAACUGUCCCUGACCCAACGGCUGGAGGAUCUGGAGUUUGACCACGAGGAGACUUACCGGGGCCGCGGCUCUAAAGUGCCCAGGAUUAGAAGCAACCCGCCCAAAGUAAGUGGCAGAGGCGCCGUCACGGCUCCCUCCAGUCCCACCAGGCUCCACAGCCCCCCCAUUAUCACCUCCCUGACCCUCACUAGUCCCGCCUCUGUAGAACUAACCGCCUGUCCGUCCAUGUCUGCGUGGACUUCAGACACACUUUCUGAAACAAUCCAGACCUCAGCUUUACAUUUUCCACCAUACAGCAGUCACCCUCACUUCUCCCUCGGCCCCCAGCCCGCCAUGGCCGACCCCGAGCGGCUGACCUUAGAGUUCAGACGACUCAUUUACGCGAGACAAGACAUAGGUCGACUGUCCCCGUCUCACAGCGCCAGUAGUCCCGCCUCGCUGUCUCCUCACAUUCGACGAAGGCGAUGACGCGUCGACGUCCCCACACCCAGCGCCGAUAUCCACUAUGCACACCGGUCACAACAGAAGCCACUGGAUUAUGUGGGACACAGCAGGGAGGGAAACUGGUUUCACACGUCUGUGGUUUGAACAUGCAGCAACACUCGGGAAGAAGGAGCCCCUGACAGCUUGCUCCAUCCUCAAAGCAGCACUUGAACAGCCUUUUUCUUAUUUUUUAGGUUGGACUGCAUAUACUUGUCUCACGCACACGUUAUGAAUGUGAUAUCAGGCGUCUUUCUCUUCGUCGGAAUAGCUGCAACCAAUAAAAUGUGACAUUAAAUAUCCUUCUCGUAGAGCACUGGGAAGUGUUUCAAAGUGAAAACCAAGCAGAACGUGGCUGCAGCCUCUGCUUCAGCACACAGCGCCUCCCUGUGGCGGACUCCAUUAAUACCAUGUUAUAAUAAGUCUUUUUAACAAUUUAAUUCAAAUGCUAUUUAACUAUUCUAUUCCAUAAAACUAGUGGAUGUUGUAAGUUUUCUUUACUCCAGUUCAUUCUUGCAUGCCUAUUUUGUCACAUCUAACGUUCAGUCAAAAAGCAUUUGACAGGCUUGAAGUGUGUUAUUGAUUAUUAAUAAGUCGUCCAGAGUAAUAUGAAAACAAGUCAGACCUCCUCUCUGUGCCUCAACCUCCCACGUGUCCCUUUGUUCACCUCUCUACUUGAGGAAAAAAUGGAUACACUAGAAUAGAGCCAUUUCUU